CGGUAACUUGUAGGCUGUUCUGUUCGGCAAGGCAUCAGAUGAACUUGCUGUCAAGUGAGCGACUACGGGGUGAAGCAGCAUUGCAAAUCAGUGGUGUUUGACACUUGUAAAAAUGCGAAUAAAACAGCCUGCCCUCGUUGCAGUUCAGGUUUAGUUUACGACAUUAUUUGAUAGGCUGCGCUUGGCUCUUAUUGUUCAGUGUUUGUUGGGUGGUAGAUGGAGUCAGGCUGCAUUUCGAUUAAAGAAAUUCAGUAGGCUACGGGAUAAUUUUGCCGGUUUCACUGACGUCACGCUGACCAUUAGCGGGACUGUCACCGGCUAUUCAGCUUUUGUGAUGGCUUGUCGACUUCGUGACAUCAUUGAUUUAGCGGAGGAUGGCUGUAGGAGUAGGCAACCGUAUUAGACUUGAAGGUGUGUGCAGCCAGUGUGUGUGUGUCUGUGUGGGAAUCUCUGGUCUGAUGCGGAAUACCAAGCACAUUAUCUGCUGACGGUACGGCAAGCAAGGGUGCUUCCAGACGUUGGCUGUCUGUCCAUCAAAGCCAUGGGGAAGGACUACUACAAGACCCUAGGCAUCCAGUCUGGGGCCAACGAGGAUGAGAUCAAAAAGGCCUAUAGGAAGAUGGCUCUCAAGUUUCACCCAGACAAAAACAAGGACCCCAACGCAGAGGAGAAGUUCAAGGAAAUAGCAGAGGCAUAUGAGGUGCUGAGUGACCCUAAGAAGAGGGUCAUCUAUGACCAGUAUGGAGAAGAUGGUCUGAAGGCAGGCGGUGGCGGCUCCACAGGCAACUCAGGCAGCACCUACCACUACACCUUCCACGGCGACCCGCACGCCACUUUCGCCUCGUUCUUCGGCGGCUCCAACCCCUUCGACAUAUUCUUUGGCUCCAGCCGCACGCGCAACCACACGUCCAAUGGCUUCAGCGACCACCACGGCGACCAUCAUCAUGACAACGACAUCGACAUGGACGGCGAUGACGACCCCUUCGGGCCCUGGGGCCACUUCGGCAGCAGCUUCAGCGCCUUCAACGGGCUCAACGGUUUCCACCACGGUGGCGGCGGCGGCGGGGGUCGGAGGGCGCAGCGGGCCGAGCCCCUCCGCGGCCGGCGGCGCAUGCAGGACCCGCCGGUGGUGCACGAGCUGCGCGUCUCGCUGGAGGAGAUCUUCCACGGCUGCACCAAGCGCAUGCGCAUCACGCGGCGGCGCCUCAACCCAGACGGACGCAGCAUGCGCACCGAGGACAAGAUCCUCAACAUCGUCAUCAAGCGCGGCUGGAAGGAGGGCACCAAGAUCACCUUCCCCAAGGAGGGCGACGAGACGCCGGACAACAUCCCCGCCGACAUCGCCUUCGUGCUCAAGGACAAAGGCCACCCGCACUUCAAACGUGACGGCUCCAACCUCAUCUACUCAGCCAAGAUCAGCCUGAAGGAGGCGCUGUGUGGCUGCACCGUGAACAUUCCCACCCUCGACAACCGGGUGAUCCCGCUGGCCUGCAACGACGUCAUCAAGCCGGGCACGGCCAAGAGACUGCGGGGCGAAGGCCUGCCCUACCCCAAGAACCCGGCCCAGCGCGGGGACUUGGUCGUGGAGUUCCAGGUGCGCUUCCCGGACAGGAUACCUCCACAGUCUCGGGAAAUCAUCAAACAGCACCUGCCCCAGUCUUAGACGGGACUGCAUUGGGAUUAUGUUUGUCUCGUCUGCUUUUUUAAAAAUACACACAAACCUACACUUUCAUAAACAUAAUGGCUAUCUUUACACAGAUGGUAAUAUAUAAUUUGAAGACUGAAACGGAGAGUGAAAGAAUUUGCCGAGAGGAACCUCAGUUCUUUUUUCCCACUUUUUUUCCCCACAAGCGCUGUUUGUAAGCAAAUAGAGAUGGGUAGAUGCUGGCUUACUUUUUUUUAAUCCGGGACAUUUUCUAAAGGAUACCCCUUUUUUAUUUAUGCUUUUUCUUAUUUGACUUCAGGAUAGGUUGGAAGGCAACCUCUCAUUUUAAAAGCUAGUUGGAUGUUCUGUUUUCGAUCAUGGAUUUACUCAGAAGAAGCCUAUAAGCAGGAGGGUGCUCCUUUUUUGGAGCUGACUCUGCCUUGGCUAUUGAGUGAUUUUCAUUUUGUUCCCAGUCAUGAAAAACAUUACCAGUUCUUGUUAUUAUGACUACGUUCUUAUCUCAGCCGAUUUAUUUUCUUACUCCAGCCCUCAAUAAAGCGCAUUUUGUGAUAAAGCUACAGUUCAUUUGCAGUCACAGCACAGGCAAUCAGGACACACCAGCUGCAUUAGGUGGUUACUUGAUGAAUUCUCAGAGCCCAAAUAAAACAAGGUGCUUUUUUUGUGGCAUACUGCCUUAACCUUGGGGUGCAUACAUGUACAAAUCACAUCUCACACUGUGUGAGUGCCUUAACUUGGCUGAAACCAGCAUUCCUCUGAUACAAGUGCUGGGUACCAUGUCAAUCACACAAUAACUAAAGCAGAAAAUCAUUGUGCUAGGUGAUUGGAAAACACUGACAAUAUAUACAAUAGCUAUAAUAUCACAAUCUAAUCUUUUGCAGACACGAAUGUCAACAGCCCCUGACUUCAAUCUGUCAGAUGGGCUUUUGUUGACAGGCAACAUAUGACAUUAUACUUUCAGUUUGGGCUCGAACCAUGGUAACACUGAACACACUGUCAUUGAGCAUUCCGGAAACACUCCAUGAGUUUAUGACCAGACAGCUGGCAGGUUGCUGCCGUUAGCUCCCUGGUGCUUUACUAACCUAUUGAAUAAUAUGAAUCAUGAUUUGUUGUAUGAGAGUAAAUUGCAAAGGCUUAAUGACAGGGUGCUCAGCAGGAACUUACCUUAUAAACACAACACAACCUUCAGUGCGCACACCUAGAACUUUAGCCUAAUACUGCUGAUUGCUUUGUUAAAAAUAGGCUUACUUGCAGGGGUUCUGUUUGCUUCACACCACAACCUGGUGCUUGUCAUUUCUACAAACUUUUGUUUUCAUUUUUUUUUUAAAAGGAGCUGUGAAAUGGUGUUUGUAUUAAAACAAGUUUAAACAACUUUUAUCUGAAUUUGCUAAGUUUUUACCUGAAAUUGAAGUUUCAGAUGUUUGAAGAACAUUUUCAGGACUUCUUUAUAGUAAUAUACUAGUAUACGUCUUUAUACCAUGAACUGGUCAAGCCUUGCUGUUGACACUGCAGUUGAGCCACAGGAUUUCAGUAAGUCUGCUCUGGAGCAGUAUGUGAAAACUGUUGCAAAAAGAAAGGAAUAAAAAGUCACUGGUAGUCUGCAUUUGGGUGGACCCUUGCUGCUUCAUUUGUUUUGAGGCAGUGACUUUGGACGCAAGUCCAUGUGUAAUUAUUUAAGCAGUCGUGUGGUUAAUGUUCUGUCUCAAGUGUUGAAUUUGGGACAGAUGUUGGAGGGGGUGUCAAGUGGACAUGGUGGACGACUGGAUCAUGACUCAAAUGUCCAUCACUGUUUGGAUGAACCUGGUAAAAUAUGGCAAAAUUUCUCUUUCCCACAUUUAAAUGGAUUUUUAAACCUUAUUUCCCCAAAAAGACACCAUGGAAGAGAUGUGGAGGCCUGGAUGCCCAAAAAGUAUGCUUCCAGUGACAGUGGCAGAACGUGUGGGGAAAGUUCUCAAGUGGAAUGAAAGAAACUUUGAUCAGAACUUUGUAUGUCUUUCACCCAUAUCUGACCUGGAAGGUCUAAUUUCAUGAGUUUGUGUGAUCAUGGAGGAUAUAACGGUGAACAUUGUAAUGAGACAGAGGGCAAGUGGAUGUGUUUGGGGACCCCUCUCUGAAUGCAGUUUCGCUGUGGUAUAAUGAGAGUGAGUGAAUGUCAUUGGAAAUCUUACAACCUUCAAUAGUCACAGUGUGUAUGUACCCCUCAGUGUUUGGUAAAGCAUUUUACAGUGAAAUGAAAUAAACCAAAAAUGUUGAAUAUUUUGGUAUAAUUA